AUGGGUAGUUUCCCGGGACAUGCACUUCCUGGAUCAAUUUUCAUAUUUCUUGGUCUAUGGUGGAUGCAUUCGGCAUGGUUGCGCUAUUUUAUUUGCCGAUAUCGUCAAAAACCCUAUUACGUUUCAAUAUCAUUUCCAUUUCAUUGCUGUUCAGCUGGUCUAAAACUACCGUUGGAAUCAUUUAUUGUUCUAUUUGGUACUUCACUAGGAAUUGUGGUCGAGUUAGGCACUGGUUUAGAAAAAACCGUUGAUCAAGAUGGUAUAUCAUCCUAUUCCUUUGCAGCGAACAAUUUACAACAUUUUACAAUGUAUUUCAUGUUCUUUCUUGUUGGUAUUGUUGAAUUAUUACAGCAUUAUCAUAUUGCAUUACCUUCACAUAUCGGUGUUGUUGUUGGUAUUCUAGCAUUCUCAGCUGAAGGCUUACUAUUUUAUUUUCAUGUUCACGCCCGUGAUCCUGUUGACAUUCAAUUGCAUAUACUAUUAGUUCUCUCAAUUGGUGCCAUUAUUAUAAGUAGUAUAUGUGAAUUAGCCCAACCGCAACCAAAACAAGUUUAUCCUACACUGAUGCGUGCCUAUUUUACGGUACUACAGGGUAGUUGGUUUUAUCAAAUUGCUUUUAUUCUGUAUAGUCCAUUUCAUGCCCAUUACGAUUUUGCUAACGAUCCUGUUCAACAUCGAACAUUGAUGUUAAUCUCCUACUAUUUUGUGUGGCAUAUGUCCAUUAUACUUUUAAUUCUUUUAUUAUUUGCGAUAGGAUCGUAUUAUCUAUCAAAACGUUAUAGGCAUGUGGCAGAUUUAGGUUAUGAACAAUCCUUUUUAAUUCAUGAAACGAAUAUUGAUAUAAGUGAUAACUAUCAGGACGCAGCUGAGUAUGAUGUUAAUAUGAUCAAUAGUGAGAAAAAAGUGUUGACAAACGGACGUACAGAAGAGAAAAUGAACAUAGGAAAUUCAUUAUAG